CUGUCCAACAAGGGAAGCGAAGAGGCCUAGAAUGCACGCAUGCACAGUGUGCUAGCCAACAGCCUAGCCAUGGAUUGCUCCAGGGAGGAAGCUAAAGCUACAGCCUACAAGGAAGCGAUUUUUAGCAUGAUUGCACCAGCUGAACGCCACUGUUGUGCCUUUAAAAUUCCCUCCCCUGGCACAUGGAGGCCACCCUGCCAUGCCUCCUCUCCUCUGUUGCAAAAGCAACGCAAAAGAAAGGCACGGCCUGUCCCUCCUCGCUCGGUGCAAUGCACACUCACUUGAUUCUCUCUCACACACUCCAGUUUCUUUCUUUCUUUCUUUAUUGAUUUGUACCUUGAUGAAGUAAGAUUGUGCUACUCCUUCCUUUUUCUUUCUUUCCUAGGGAGAGAGAAGGGGAAUGUGGAGAGGGAGGCUGCGGCAGGAUAGACGUAAAACGAAACAAACGAAAUGAUGCGCUUCGAAGGCAAGGAGGCAAAGCAAAGCAUGGGCGUGGGGCUCCUCGGAAAAAGUGCAGGCAGGCUAGCAAGUAAGCUCAAACAGCCGAAUUCCGCGUUCGAAUUCAUCAAUUCAGCAUUUCUUCAGCCAACCAACCAACUCGCACGGAGAGCUUUGACCUUGUAGAGCUCAGCUCCACCUCCACGCGGCUGUAUUUAUAGCGCUUCUCAUCAGGGAGCGGAGAGGAGAAGGAGAAGGAGAGGCGAGAGAGGAAGAGGACAAGCACGCCAAUGUGCUCGCAUACCGACAGCUCCAGAGGAAGAAGAAGAAGUAGAAUAUAAACAAAGGAGAACGACGACGACGACGACGACACCUCGUACUACAAGAAUCCUACGUUGAUGGCUUCUAGCUGCGCCAAGAAGCCGCCCAGAGUCCCAAUCAUUGCCUCCGUUGUCCCCUCCCUGCUCCUCCUCGUAUCUUGCUCGGCCGUCUUGGUCUCCGCGAGGGACGGAUGCAAGAACAGCACGCAACAGACGCUCUUCCGUGCCAGGGAUGAGCUGCUCGCGUUGAGGAGGGUGAUUGCUCGGAUGGACAGGAUGGAGAAGGAUUCUAACAAGACAAUCAAGAGUCCCGACGGCGACAUCAUCCACUGCGUGCCGUCGCAUCUGCAGCCGGCGUUUGACCACCCGCAGCUCAGAGGCCAGAAGCCCGAGGAUGAGCCUGCGGAGAGGCCCAAGCCCAAGGGCGGCGCUGCCGAGGAGGAGGCCGUCUUCUUCCCGCAGGCGUGGAGCGACGGCGGCGAGCGGUGCCCCGAGGGGACGGUGCCGGUGCGGCGGACGACGGAGCGCGACCUUCUGAGGUCCAGCUCGGCCCGGCGGUUCGGGAUGAAGCCCCGGGCCAGCAACGUGCGGCGCGACUCCACCAAUAGCGGCCAUGAGCACGCGGUGGGGUACGUGACGGGGGACCAGUUCUACGGUGCGAAGGCGAGCCUGAACGUGUGGUCGGCCAAGGUGGCGUCGCCGACGGAGUUCAGCCUCUCCCAGAUCUGGGUCAUCUCCGGCUCCUUCGGCAACGACCUCAACACCAUCGAAGCUGGAUGGCAGGUGAGCCCUGAGCUGUAUGGUGAUAACAACCCAAGGUUCUUCACAUACUGGACGACCGACGCAUACCAGGAGACCGGCUGCUACAACCUCCACUGCUCCGGCUUCGUCCAGACCAACAACCGGAUCGCCAUCGGAGCCGCCAUCUCACCGACCUCGGUUUACAAUGGCCGGCAGUUCGACAUCAGCCUCCUCAUAUGGAAGGACCCUCGGCGGGGGCACUGGUGGCUGCAGCUGGGGUCGGGCGCGCUGGUGGGGUACUGGCCGUCGCUCCUGUUCACGCACCUGGGCGAGCACGCCAACAUGGUGCAGUUCGGCGGCGAGGUGGUGAACUCGCGCCCGUCGGGGUCGCACACGCCGACGCAGAUGGGGAGCGGCCACUUCCCCCGGGAAGGCUUCAACCGCGCGGCCUACUUCCGCAACGUGCAGGUGGUGGACUGGGACAACAGCCUCGUCCCCGCCGCCGCGCUCCGGCUCGUCGCCGACCACCCCGGGUGCUACGGCAUCCAGGGCGGCUACAACCGCGCGUGGGGAAACUACUUCUACUACGGCGGACCCGGCAGGAACGUGCACUGCCCAUAGCCGGCCCAUAGAGCCGGCUGGAGAAAGAGAUGCUGGCUAGCUAGUUACUGGUGAUGAUCAGUUUUGAGCCCAGCUGCGAGAGAGUGGUAGCGCCAAAAGCCCAAAAGUAAUUUUCGAUUUGAUACGUGUGAGGCUUCACAUGGCCUGAUCAUUUUUUUUUUCUGUUCUUUUCUUUGGCUACUAUGUAUACAUGAAGAGAUAUAUCCACAGGGAGUAUUUUGAUCACCAAUGUAUAGCACGUUUCGAUGCA